AGAGCGACGCGGAGUUCUGGCGGUGCGGACCCCGACGACGCCCUGGCCCCGAGCCUGCGCCAUCCGGGUCGCCCUCGAGCGCCGGAGCGCCGCCCGGAGGCCGCCCUGCAGGCUCUGCCUGUCCUGGGACGUUCGUGGCCCCGCCCACCUAAAAAAGCCCAUCCACAGACGCCAUGCAGGGGGCUCUGAUGCCCCUGCCUUCGCUGCUGCUGUUGCUGUUGGGGUGUGGGCCAAGAGUGUCCUCUGGCGGCGGAGCUGGGGGUGCAGCGGGCUAUGCCCCGGUAAAGUAUGUGCAGCCCAUGCAGAAAGGACCCGUGGGACCGCCUUUCCGAGAGGGCAAAGGCCAGUACUUGGAAAUGCCUCUACCGAUGCUGCCAAUGGACUUGAAAGGAGAGCCAGGUCCCCCUGGGAAGCCGGGACCUCGGGGUCCCCCUGGGCCUCCUGGCUUCCCAGGAAAACCAGGCACUGGAAAACCUGGGGUUCAUGGACAGCCAGGCCCUGCUGGCCCCCCUGGCUUCUCCCGAAUGGGCAAAGCUGGUCCCCCAGGGCUCCCAGGCAAGGUUGGACCACCAGGGCAGCCAGGGCUACGGGGGGAGCCAGGGAUACGAGGGGACCAGGGCCUCCGGGGGCCCCCAGGACCCCCUGGCCUUCCUGGUCCCUCAGGUAUUACUGUCCCUGGAAAACCAGGUGCCCAGGGGGCUCCAGGGCCUCCAGGAUUUAGGGGGGAGCCAGGACCCCAGGGAGAGCCUGGGCCCCGAGGAGAUAGGGGCCUCAAAGGGGAUAAUGGAGUGGGCCAACCAGGGCUGCCUGGAGCCCCUGGACAGGCAGGUGCCCCUGGGCCCCCUGGGCUGCCCGGUCCAGCUGGCUUGGGCAAACCAGGUUUGGAUGGGAUACCAGGAGCCCCAGGAGACAAAGGUGAUUCUGGCCCCCCUGGGGUUCCAGGUUCUAGGGGAGAGCCAGGAGCUGUGGGUCCAAAAGGCCCUCCUGGGGUAGAUGGUGUGGGGAUACCAGGGGCAGCAGGGGUGCCAGGGCCACAGGGUCCAGUAGGGGCUAAAGGAGAGCCAGGGCUCCGGGGCCCCCCUGGCCUGAUAGGCCCUGUUGGCUAUGGGAUGCCAGGAAAACCAGGACCUAAGGGAGACAGGGGCCCAGUUGGGGCCCCAGGGCUCUUAGGAGACAGAGGUGAGCCAGGAGAGGAUGGGAAGCCAGGGGAGCAGGGUCCACAGGGACUUGGGGGUCCACCUGGCCUUCCUGGGUCUGCAGGGCUUCCUGGUAGACGUGGGCCCCCUGGGUCAAAGGGAGAGGUAGGACCUGGAGGUCCCCCAGGAGUGCCUGGCAUUCGAGGAGACCAAGGGCCUAAUGGCCUGGCUGGGAAGCCUGGGCUCCCUGGUGAGAGGGGACUUCCUGGGGCCCAUGGACCCCCUGGACCGACUGGGCCUAAGGGUGAGCCAGGUUUUACAGGUCGCCCUGGAGGGCCAGGGGUGGCAGGAGCCCUAGGACAGAAAGGUGACUUGGGGCUUCCUGGGCAGCCUGGCUUGAGGGGUCCCUCUGGAAUCCCAGGGCUCCAGGGCCCAGCUGGCCCUAUUGGGCCUCAGGGUCUGCCAGGCCUGAAGGGUGAACCGGGCCUUCCAGGGCCUCCUGGAGAGGGAAAAGUAGGGGAGCCUGGCUCUGCUGGUCCCACAGGGCCCCCUGGAGUCCCUGGCUCCCCAGGACUCACAGGUCCUCCUGGGCCCCCUGGGCCUCCUGGGCCUCCUGGUGCCCCCGGAGCCCUGGAUGAGACUGGUAUCGCAGGCUUGCAUCUGCCCAAUGGUGGCGUGGAGGGAGCUGUACUGGGCAAAGGAGGCAAGCCACAGUUUGGGCUCGGUGAGCUGUCAGCCCACGCCACUCCAGCCUUUACUGCAGUGCUCACUUCCCCCUUCCCUGCCUCAGGCAUGCCGGUUAGGUUUGACCGGACUCUCUACAAUGGCCACAGCGGCUACAACCCAGCCACUGGCAUCUUCACCUGCCCCGUGGGAGGGGUCUACUACUUUGCAUACCAUGUGCAUGUCAAGGGCACCAAUGUGUGGGUAGCCCUGUACAAGAACAAUGUGCCGGCCACCUACACGUACGACGAAUACAAGAAGGGCUACCUGGACCAGGCUUCGGGAGGGGCUGUGCUCCAGCUGCGGCCCAAUGACCAGGUGUGGGUGCAGAUGCCCUCAGAUCAGGCCAAUGGUCUCUACUCCACCGAGUACAUCCAUUCGUCCUUCUCAGGAUUCUUGCUCUGUCCCACAUAACCCGUGGGGGGGCCCCUGCUGCCCUGGCCUCCUCCUCUUUAGCGAUAGAGAGACCUUUCCAGUUACAGAGAUUUCCAUCGGAAGGAAAGAACCAAAAAGCUGAACAGGGGCAGCGGCGGCCUUCUUCUUGCCCCGAGAAGACUGACCUGCUUUCUGUAGGCUGAAGUUGUUUCUGGAAGAGGGUGGCCUAGUUUCCUUUCCCCCAGGUGUACUGUGGGGGUUGUCCCUCUGUUCUGGACCUGCCUGGUCUGCAGGCAGCACCCCAGAGUACUCAGCCUGGGCCCCCUCAUGAGUCCUGGAAGCUGCUGGGAGAGAUGGUUUUCCUGUUGGCCUUCGAUGGCAUGGAAUGAGCCCAGGGCUUCCUGUGUUCGCUGGGUCUCUUCCAGCUCCCCGGGAGCCUCCAGCAUCUGAUACGACAUUAGGUUCUCUGAGGUUUUUGUUUCCUGUUGGGAGAAAGGAAGAAGGGAAUGGGGACCAUAGAGGCAGUCCAUAUGGAUAGAUGCCUGGAGUGAUGUUGUGAGCUCAGACCAGUCCUGGUGGGGACAGUUGUAUGGCCUCUGGAAGACUCCUGAAGCAGUCAUCUGUGGAGAUCCGUGAGAGGACAUGGAUCAGGGGCAAGCUGGUCACUCUUCCGUUUCCCUGGCUGUCUCCAUUGGCUCUGGUUCUUCAGUAUGAGGGUGGACACAUGGGCUGAGAUGGGACUCUGUGUAGUGUCUAUACAGAUUGCAGAGCCAACCAGGACUGAUGAUCAAGCAAACACGAUGCCCCUCCCUCUUUCUUCUCACCUGCUGGGGGUUUGGGGUAAUUCAUGAUCAGACUGUUAGGGGAGGCUUGGCAACCCCAAACUAAGUGUCUUCAAGGCAGAGAGCCUCUCGCUAGGCCCUCUGAACACAGGCACACAAGCUUAUGGGUGAAGACGUCUGUUUCUCCUUAAUAAGAACCAUGCUGUGGGUAUUUAGUGUCUACUAGAGGGGCUCAUCUGUGGGCACUUCCUCCCUCUCCACCCUCCGCUUCCAAUUUCCUGUUUUAAGCAGUGGAGGGCCCAGGAGGCUAAGGCUCUGAAAGAAAGGAUGCCAGCAGGCCCCACUGGAAUGAGCCGGCUCUAGAGGCUCCUACCCGCCUCCCUAAUCAGGAUGCUCCUGCAGGAAACAGGCGGGCUUGCUUCCCAGCUGGGCUCAAUGCUGGGGGUAGGGAUGGUGGACAUUCUUGCAUAUGUAGGGAUGGCUGCCUUCUCUGGUUCAUGACUUUCCUCAGCCCUCACCUAGUCAGCCCACUUCCCUGACCAAGUGGGAAUCUGGGACAUCGAAUAGGCAACCCAGCUUGGGCUCCAAUUUGGGCACAGUCAGCUGCCCGAGUGACACACUGAGGAUGAGGGCCUAGUCUCCUUCCCGCAGCCUGCAACUGCAAGGCAGCCUAGUGGACUGCUCACUUCAGUUUCCAAAGGGGGAAUCUGCCUGAGACAGCAAGGAAAAAAGUCCUGCCUGGGACUCUGAGUCCUUUUUUUUUUCUGCCACACCUAAGAGGACCAGCUAGAGACUAGUAUCCCUGUGGGGCCUUUUCAGUCUCCUCCUUCCCCAGGUCAAAGCCACUAAUCCAAUGGGUUCUGGCGGUAAGAGAUUAGUCAACUCCCAGAGGGAGCCCUGAAGGCUGGUUCAGGGCAGAGCUGCCAGACCCCACCCCAAAGCCUUUAGAGAAGGAUUCUGAAACGUCUGUGGAUUGGAGCUGUAGAUGUCACUGACCAGCGUUGACAAACAAUGUCAGGCUUUAACUAUGACAACUCCACUUACCUUGUGCAUUUUUGUAUUUUGGUUCUUCUUCUUCUUUUUUUUUUUUUUUUUAAAGAUUAAGCUUUUCCACUUGAUAUUUCAUUUCUAACCUGGUACAGGAAGUUCCUCUCUACUUACCACAUAUCACAUAUCAGGUUCAGGAAAAAUGCACCGGGAAUCAGAGAAAAUGGGAUUUCUUUUCAAUUGAAAAGACAACGACAGUGCUGUUAUUGACCACCCCCAAUAAAACCUGUUGUAGAAACACA